CGAACAAGAUGGCUGAGUGGUGAAGACGGUUUUCUUCUGAAGAAGUUUACGUUUGAAUUUUGCCCGCGGAUAUUGCAUUUUUAGCAAUUCCAAUCCAUUAAAGAAUAAGUCAUGUCCGUUGCAGCUCUUGUAGGAUCUUUUGAUGAUAUCGUCCGCUCCACAACGGUACUUGCCGAAGGAAUUGAAGGAGAAUUCAUCAAGUUUGUAUCACAGCAGGAAGAAUGCCGAAAGAAAUGGCUCGUUGCAGAGAAAGAGGCCGUUCGACUGAAGCAAGAAAUCGCCAGGAUCACAGCUGAGAACGAAGCACUUGAAGUAAAACUCAAACAUGCAAGGAGUCAAGUUGAAAUAGAGAUCAAGAAGAGAAGAAAGGCAGAAGCAACCCAAGAUCACUUGGAAAGACAAGUGGCCUUGAUCCGUGAACUACUAAAUGACAAAGACACAAUGAGCAGGUUAAAUGACAAUGAAAGACAAACACUGAUACAGUUGAGCCAGUGUCACCCUGAGGAUUUUGCCAGUCCAAGGAAAAGGCGCUUGAGUACGCAGGAUGAAUCUACUGGGUCAAUCUUGUCUCCUUCAGACAUUAGUUAUGACAACACAGAGGAGGACUUGGAUGUUUCCCAACCCAGGAAAACCAUGAGAAAGGCAGUUACUCCUCCCAAAAGACCCAAGACUGAUGAGGUUGAUGGGCAGGUGGUUGUUAAGCAUGUUGUUCCAGACAGUCCAGUCCGUGUUCCAAUUUAUCCAAGUCCACAGAUUCCUAUUCAACCAUCAGCCCCAGAAAUAAAUUAUCAAGACCCAUACCGCCUGGCGAUAAGAGAGCUUGAAGAAAUUACCAGUCCAAGGAAGGUGACUCCACAACUACAGAGAGUUGCAUCACAGAGUGGUAAAGGACCAGCUGGAAAGGACAAGAAACAUGUGUUGUGCUCCAAGACUGUUAUCAAGCCGGAAUCUUGCCAACCAUGUAAAAAGCGGAUAAAGUUUGGAAAACUUGCCUUGAAAUGCAAAGAUUGUCGAGUUGUGUGCCAUCCAGACUGUAAAGACCACCUCCCUUUGCCGUGUGUUCCAAGUGUUGACACGCCUGGCUCAGGAAGAAAACGCCCAGAUGAAAACAUUGAGUUUUAUGCUCCCACCACAGGUCCUAUGGUGCCCGACAUUGUUAUCAAAUGUAUCGAUGAAGUUGAACGCCGUGGUCUUUCAGAGGUGGCUGAGCGCAGUGUGAAGGAGCUCAAGGAGAAGUUUACGCAGGGAAAACUUCCCGACUUGCGUAAAGUUGAAGAUAUCCACGUGGUGUGUGGACUGCUAAAAGACUUCUUACGCAAUCUUGCCGAGCCUCUCGUCACUUACGAUCUGUGGUCGAAUUUCGUCAACGCAGCAAACAAAACGGACGAGGAUGACAGCGCAAGUGCCACAUACCAAGCAGUCAGUGAGCUUCCUCAAGCGAACAGAGACACUCUCGCUUACCUCAUACUCCACUUACAGAAAGUGUCACGUUGCACAGAAUGUAAAAUGGAUGCCAGCAAUCUUUCAAAAGUAUUUGGUCCGACUGUCGUGCAGAACUCCUCCGCCAACCUUGAGCCGAUGCAGAUGUUACAAGAAGCCAAAUGGCAACCCAAGGUUAUGGAGCGACUUCUCUCAAUGCCUGUUGACUACUGGAAUCAGUUCAGAAACAUUGACGGCGAGAAUAUCCGUUCACCCCCAUACAACCCGGCUUCUCAUCGUGUGGACGGAACCCCGCUCACCCCGGAGUGUAGACCCGUACCGGAGAGCAUGCUUGGACCGCUUACAGCUUCAAACACCAAGUCAGUCAAGAAGAAGGGAAGUUUUCUCUCCAGAACUCCUCUUACACCAAGGUUUGGAAGCAAAAGCAAAAAUCCGAAUAAGAGACCAACGCAUUUCUUCGCUUCACCGAUGCUGAAAUAGUUUAAUACUCAGUUGUAAACCUCUUAUUUGUUUUAUAAGAUCGACGCAUCCUUCGCUUGAUAUGUAAACAUGUCAGUCCUUGAUGACGAUCCGGGCGAUAUGACUCUUAUCGCACGGUUGGUACAGUGAGAUCUUUCUCUAAAUGUACAAACAUAUAUUGGGGCUUUGAGGAACUGCAUUUGUUAAAUGAGUAACUGUUACUAUCGCCAUUGAUUCAAAUACCCUUGUUAAUCACUGAUAUUUUGCGUUAGGAUAGUUUAUUUCGUUGUGCCGACAGACUUGUCACGUCUUCGCAGUAUAUAGAAAUGGUGGCUUGUGUUUCGGUAUAUAUUCUUCAAAACGUGCUCGUUUUAAAGCUUCCAAUUGAUUUUUGUCAGAAAAAGUGUUACUUUUCUAUCCAUACAACCAGCUUUUAGGCUAUCAAAUUUAUUGCUAAUAACUUUGUCGCGAAAUAUUGAAUCUCUUUAAAUAGAGUCACUGUAAUUUUGUCCCGUAACUACAGAACGAUUUUCAUUUUGCAUUAAAACAGUCGAGGGAAAACAUAAACCCAUUACUUUUCACAAUGCCUUUCUUUGCCAAGAUAAUAAGAAUUUCGAAGAUCAUUGAGGCAGUUGAGUUUAGGCUUUAAAUUAGGUAUCAUCAACGGUAAAAUCUACAGCGUGCUAUCGUUUCAGUUUAAUGUAUUCCCUUCGUGUUUUUUGUAUCGCCUUUGUACACAGUUUAUCAUCCCUUGUCAGUGACUUAAAUAGCGACUCUUAAAGACUGGUUGUUGCGAACCGCAACAACGAAUAACUCAUGAUCACAAAUUAUUCACUUUGUGAUGUUAUUUGUCCAGAUUUAAACUUUCCAGCAGUUCUCGACCUCCAAGACUGCGUUACACACGACCUCUGUGAUGUCUUCUACUAUUUUGAUAUGCUUAUCCCGGCUGAAGGAAGAAAACUAAAUUUUCAAAGGAUAUCGUGAUGAUUUGGGUGUGACUUCGUGGGAGACCAAUUUAGCGCCCAUACUUCCGUUCAAGUGUUAAGUUGAUGUUUUGGUUUUCGAAUCAAUCUCUGUGGCUGAGAAAUCAAGAGGGGCCAGAUUAUCAGCGAGUCUAUCUCUAACUGAUCCGUCGUAACUGAUUAUUUCAAAGUUGUUUGGGAGGGGGGGUUGAGAAAUUUAACUUACCCCUCUUUAUACUUAAGUCUCGGAUCUGUCUUGUUUACACUUGAAAACCUUGCAGGGAGAAUCUGAACCGCUUUAGUAAAAAAAUCUUCACUGCCCAACGCGUUCGAAGAAUAAUUAUGCAAAUGUACUGACCUUUCGUCUACGCCUGAUCUAUCGCACGGAUCGUUUAGGCAAUGUUGUAGACGCAUUAAACUUGCGAUUUUCUCACAAACAAAUCUAAAACAAAGCGCUUUGGUACCACAGUAUUGUCAGUAUUAAAAAGGGGGGAAUUCUAAACAGUCCACGGGGCCGAGAAUUCGGUCCAACAAAUACAGCUCUAUUUCGCAUGGCUGGACAAAAUUCCCUCACGACAGAAAGCAAAUAGUCUAAGAAAGAAACCUACGGUAGAACAUAGCUCUGAAAAAAAUACGAAACACAUCCACGUCACGUCGAA